UACAAAAGGCCGAAAUAGUCUGAAUUAUAAUGCAUUGAAGAAAAGGGGGAAUUAAAUAGACUUGGCGUAGACAACUCGCUCGAAAACUGGCUGGUAAAUCGAACAUUAAAAUUUAUAGAAUCACUUUUGAUUUUUCGCUGCCUUUUGUCCGCUGCCAUUGUUAUUGUUUAUUGUUAUUUGUUGCUGUUCCCGCGAAACCGGGCACAUGCUAAUAAUAUUAAUUAAUAACAUUGUUGGCUAGGGGUGGCUGUGGCCACGACGACGAUGAUGACGGGUGGAAGCCAAAACACAAAACGAAAGAGGUAUACGAAUACGAAUAAAUAAAAAUAGCCACCAAUCAGGCGGCCAGCGACAACAAGAACAACGGGCAAGACAAGUCAGGAAUGAAUAAACUAUGAAGUGUACUGGUUGUCGGCCACCUCGCUUCAUCGUUCUGGCCGAUCAGAAAUUUUAUAAAUGCCGCCGUCUGUCCAGAGCCAAUUUACAGUUUGCCAUUGAACCUGGUCGGGCGUUCGCCAAAUAUUCGGACGGGUGAAUUUCGCAGCGCCUCUGUAGAACCCCAGUCGAUCCACCCAUCGCUAUAAUGUUGCUCCUCCAACUGUGCUCCGUAGCCCUGCUCCUCUGCUUGGCCAGUGGUGCCUCCAACUUUCCUCCCGAGUUGCCGCGCUGUCGACAGGGCGACACCAGCUGCAUCAUCAACGUCUCGCACAUGCUGAUCCAUAAGUAUGCGAAGACUGGUUAUCCUGCGGCAGGAUUCCCCCAGGUGGAACCCUUCCUCAUCAAGCGCUUCGACAUCUCCGACGGACGCACAGGCUCACUGAACCUCAAGCUCAACUUCAAGGAUGUGAAUGUGGAGGGCCUGUCGGGAGUCAAGUUCGAUAAGGCUGUUGGCUUUGGCGUAGAUCCUGCCACCAGCAAGUUCGAGAUGUACGGAUCGUUUCCUAAGAUCGUUCUGAAGGGCAAGUACGUGGCGGACGGACGCAUCCUGAUCCUGCCCAUUCGCGGAGAUGGCGAUGCCGAGAUCGUGCUGCACAAUCCCAAGUUCUCGGUGAAGUUCAAGCCGGGCACCCAACUGCGCAAUGGACGCACAUACCUGAGCGUGGACAAGCUGAAGGUGCUCGUGGAGCCACAAAAGAUGAACAUCCGACUGGCGAACCUCUUCAAUGGCGACCAGGCGUUGGGCACCAACCUCAACCAGUUCCUCAAUGACAAUUGGACGGAGGUGUGGAACGAACUGCAUCCCUCCAUUCACGUGGCCAUCGCCGAGAUCAUGAAAAGCAUCCUGUCCCAGCUAUUCAAGCGUUUUGCCUACGAGGAUCUGUUCCUGGAGAACUGAGCACUAGUCCUUUACCAUUAGACUUAGUGUACGAGUACUUCCUCACCAGCAUUUCACAUUCAUGGGGCGUUGCAUUCCGGCCAUUGACAUAUCAUCGUAUCUGCUAAGCUAAGCUUUAAAUUGUAGAAUAAACAAACCUAAUACAAAAA